GAAGCCGCCACGAUGCUCAGCUUCGUGAACCUCAGCCUCUCACGGACGGCCUUGGAGGACAUCUUGAUGGAGGCCUGGGAGCCGAAGCGCCUCUUCGACUGUGGGGACUUCCUGGAGAUCUGUGUGGAGCUGAUGUGGACGAUUCCCUUCAAGGAGAUCAAGCUCGGAGCGGAGAAUUACAUGAGCUCCCAAAGUCGCCACGCCAAGCGCUGCCAUACGUACUGGCUGAAGUGGUCCAAGGCCGUCGACAAGUGGUCUCGGUUCUGGCUGCCUCUUCUCUAUACCAUCUCCCUCGGCUUCCUCUUGAAUCUGGAGCUUUCUGAUGAGUAUGGAACUGGCUCAGAGGCAGGGGCCAAGAUGUUCGAAGGCUUUGGCCUGGUUUCGAUGUCCACGCCUGGCCUUCUCUCAGCAUUGAUUACUCCCGCCAUCGGCCUCGUCUCCAUUGUCACUUGGGUGCAGAUGCGCCAUGUCGCCCAAAAGUGGAAAGCGCAGCAGAAGGCAGCCAUGAAGAUCCUCGAUACGGCAUCUGGACCUGUAGCUUUUGGGCCCGAGGACUCCAACAGCUCAGACGCCAACGAGUGCAUGUGUGAGCUGGAGUCUGUUGCUGGUGUGACACGCGAAGACAUCCUUUACAUGCAGGACUUAUAUCAGACAUGCUCUGCCAGAGCAGCUUUGGAGCAAGGCCAGGCAGUGAGACAUAUCGUUGCCGCCAGGGACGCGACACGGAAGGAUGUCGUGUCUUGGCAGCCUCGGGUCAGUGCUCGCCCUACGAAACGUGCCAAAGUUUUGAUACCCUGGCGACAGUCCUCACAUGUUAGCCUGCCGGUGGUACAUGAUGUGACCAUUCCAGUGCGAACUCCGGUGGUUCAAAAGAAGCUGCGGGAGCUCUUCAAACUGGCCGCGGAUCACUUCAUUGACUUCGAGGCUCUAGGCAUGCCGCCUGUUGACUGGGACGACGAGUCUAGUGUGGCUGCUAACGAGCAGGCCUGUUCCUUGGCAAACCCCAGCCCUGCACAGUUGGCAGCCUUUCUUAAGAAGGCGCCGGAGCUCCAACCUUGGGUGCUGUUGAACCUUGUGGCGGUUACAUCGGAAUUGUCUGGAGCUGCUCAGGGCCCACCCAUGUGGCUGGAGUUUCGCUGUUCCAUGGGCUUCAGUCUUUGCGAGACUUUCCUCCGCUACCUGGAGCAUUCGCAUCCCAAGGCAGGCUACAACAGGUUGCGUCGUUGUAUGCCCACAGGAGCCCACCACUUAGGAUUUGGCGAGGCGGAGGCCCAGGCGAUCGGCUCCUGGACUGAGCUCCCAGGGGGCAGUUCUCAAAAGCAACGCGCCAGCCAACCGAUGUCCCGGCAUUAUGCGGGGGCUAAGGUGCAGUCAAGCUGGCAGGCAAAGCAGCAAGUGGUUGAUGCUGUGUUGGCAGUCUUCAAGACUGGCUCCUGGCCUCGGGCUGAGGGCACUAGUUUGCUCAAGCCCGGUUGCUUGUUGUGGCCGCAGGUAGGCCAGCUUGCCGCCUCUUCUGCAGUGAACAGCAGUGCUAAGCCUGAGCCUGCCUUGGCCGAUGAAGGUGACUCUUCUUCAGACUCUUCCUGUGGGGAGGAGUCUUCGGGCGAGAGUUGCGUGGCUGAUGAGGAUGCAGAACCUGAGUGGUUUCUUCAGGGAAGCAAGCGGCAUAUCAUCCGUGAGCUGGACCCAGCCGGCCGCUUGAUUCCGUGGUGCCGUGAGAGUGCAUUUGUUCAGGAUCCAGUUGCAAGGGGCGUAGGUGUCGACCAGACGGCAUCUGAUGCUUGGUGCUCCCGCGUUGGUGUGCAUGAGCUCCAGCAGCGUGCCAACAACAAUCCAUCGGCGUGGAAUGCGCCAGCCAGCGCUGCAAGCGGUCAGGCCGCCACCGUGAUCACUUUUGCCGACCUUGCCACGACAUUUUGGUGCUCGCAGAGAUGCCUUUCGUUCAUCAUGGCUCUCGCCUUCCUUAUCGACUUGGAGGCCAGUGACAGGGGCCUGAGCUCCUGCCUCAAGGCGGCCAAUGUGCAGGAUGACUGGGCCUUCAUCCGGGUCCACAAGCCGGCAUCCCUUGAGGACUUCCUCUAUCUGGUCCACUGGGAGAAGUGGGAAAGUUCCUUGGAGGGCCUUCUUACAGCUAUUCCGGAACUGAAGGAGUCCAGGCUGGUUUUGGCUCGCUUCAAGAGUGCCUACAGGGCUGGUAUGGACGUGUUGCAGGCGACCAAGCAGGUGAGCAUCGGCACUUCCGAGGAUCUCGAGCAGCCUAUCCCAGAGGGCAGGCUCUCUCAGUUGCAACGUGACUGGGACCAGACCUACCGGAUCACUCUUGAUGCUCAUCUGGAGCCUUCGGAUGCUCUGAGGGGCCGGAUCUGGCGCGAGUUUUCGAAGCGGAGCCUCUCGGUGAUUGAAGUGAAGCGGGUGAAGAGUCUGCUGGCUCAGAGCACUCCGUCAUCAUCCGAGACGGUCAAGUUGCAGGACACGUCCAGGGGGGCUCUCAGCCUGUCCUUCGCCCGGGAGAUGGAUGCCCCGAUCAAGGACGUCGUCGGCUAUAACUUCGGCCUCCGCACCCUUAUGAAUGCCUGGGCGUUCUGCGGGAACUUCAUCGCGAAGGGGCUCGACGGCCGCGAGGCCCUGCGAGGCGAAGUUUUUCAGUUUGACGGAGGGCAUCGACUACGCGGAUGGGUGCCUCAGUACGGCCAUGGUUCCGUUUCGUGGCUCUUCCACAACGACAUGAUGACCAGGGGCAAGAUGGCGUCCAAGGUGCGGCGAGGAUAUCUUGCGGGCCAUGCACUUCGAGAAUCGCUUGCAGAGUGUCAUCUGGAAUGGCGAGCUCCCAAUCCCAAUGCCAUGGUCGAGCGCCUCGGCGAGAAACGCAAGGCAUCUGAGAUCGAAGGGGGUGCGGUUCCUUCUCCUCCCAAGGGCUCGAGGCUGCAGACCAUCACGAUGCUCAAGGGAGGCUUGAAGGUCUGCAAAGCCUUCAAAGAUGCCAGGGGCUGCCGUGACCGCAAGUGCCCGCUUGCCCAUGUGUGUGAUGUCAAGGGCUGUGGCUCGAAGGACCACAAUCGCUUGAACCACUUGGAGCAGGAAAGCCCUGGAUCAGGUGAUGUGGCAUCACAGUUGGCAGCCGCUCGCCCGGUCGUGUGGCGUGGAGCUGGUGAGCUACUCCAGGUGCCUUGGGGGCGCCCGCCCAAGGGCAUGUGGCUCGUGAUCGAUUUAUGGGCUGGUUUUAGCGGGUUGUGCUUGGCUUUGCUCUCUUUGGGAUUUCAGUUUUACGCAAUUGCUGCUGAAAAGGACCCGGCAGCCCGCAAGUGCGCUCAGGCUGUCACGCCUAGCCUCGUUCAUGUCAACGAUGUUGAGGAUGUAACAGUCUCAGCAUUGCUUCCUUUCUUGGCGAAGCGCAACAUUCGGGGCAUUAUUGUAGGAGGAGGUAGUCCUUGCCAGGGCAACAGCGCCUUGAACAGGCAACGGCUGGGUUUGGCCGAUGAUCGCUCACUGCAACCAGCGUUGCUUGCAUCCUUGGUGCAUGAUUUGCGCGAGCGCCCGGCUACUAAAGGGAUGGAUGUCUUUGCAUUCCUGGAAAAUGUGGCCUCGUCACCACCUGAGGUGCUUGAGCGAUACAGUCAGCGGUUGCAAACAAAGCCCAUCCUCCUCGAUGCAGUCCGCAGCACCGACCACCUGAUGAUUGGCAGUGGCAAGCAUGCGAGCCUCCUUUCAGUGGGUUUUGCACCUCUUCGGAGUGCAGCUGAUGUGCUGAGAGGCCAUGCCGAGCCGCUGAUGCUCGAAGAUUUCCAGCUCCGGCGUAGCCUCCUGUGGAGAAACUCCUCCUGGCGGGUGCCAUCACCGGACGAGAGGGCUAUGAUGAUGGGCAUCCCGCCCUCUGCAGUUGCGGCCGUGUCUGAUCCCGAGCCCAAAUGCUCCCAGGCUAAGCCAGUGCUGUCAGUGCUGUCUCGUUUCAGCCCCAAACAUGAGCUGCGGGCGAAACUUGAGCAUACUUUGUGGGAGCCGGGGUACUUGGAACACUUUCCGGGGCUCCUAGGGCCAUCUGAGGUCUUAGAGGUCAUGAGGCUUCAGGUUGACAAGGUCAGCAGUGGCAACACUUGCCGCCCCGCCCACUGCUUGCCCGUGACAGAGCCACGCGUGUUCCGUGCUCUCACCGGCAUCGCAGAUGACACGGAGGAGCCCGACGAGUGGCUGCACCGAGAGGGCGCUUCAGUGGUGGAUGACCUCUUGACAAAGGGCCCUCCCAAGGAUCACGAUGUCAUCCUGAAGGUCACACACGAAGAAAUUCAAAAAGUUUUUUGCAGCCCGCUUAUGUCUCGAGCAGAGGUGGACAAACGAUUUGGGCGUGGCCGCUGGAGGCCUCUUGAGCGGUUUGUCAUCGCUCAGCCGGAUGGGAAGCAAAGGGUCAUCGAUAAUGCCCGAAAGACCGGUCAUAAUGCCCAUACCUACAUGCUGGAGACCAUUCAUACUGUGAGUGUGGACUUUGUCGCAAGCUGCGUCCGGGAUGUCUUUCGGACCCUCUUCCCUACUUGCUCUGAUGCUGUUCCCCCACCAUGCGAGUGGCUGGCGGUGCGCCUGGGCACAGACGAUCUUCCUGAUGCCUACAGGGGCCACCCGGUCGAUGAUGAUCAACUUCGCUUUAGUGUGGUUUCCAUAUGGGUCCCGGGCUCUGGAUGGAACUUCACGAUCUUGUGGGGACUGCUGGCAUAUGGUUUGGAGGCUGCUGUAGUUGCUUUCAACAGGAUGCCCCUGCUGGGCAUUGCAGCCUGCCGACGCAUGGUCUCCGCCUUCACGGCCGCUUACUUCGACGAUGAGUUGUCCCUGGAGUUCAUUCGCGAUGCCGAUGUUUCCCAAGGAGGCCUCCACUUGGUUUUCUCCCUCAUGGGCUCGCCGCCUCAGCCUUCCAAGCGCUUCUGGGCUUCGGCUGACAGGUGCUACCUUGGCACGUCUGUCCACGUGGGAUGUGCCAGCUCUUUGGGAGUGGUGCGCGUCCAGCCCAAAACUUCCUCGGUGCAGAAAGUCUGCGCUAAGCUGGACGCGGCUUUGGAAUCUGCUUCGCUGUCCCGAGACGAGGCGGGCAAACUUCGAGGUGACCUGCAAUGGCUUUUUGCCAGCUGCAAUGGCUCAGCGGUUCGUUUUGCUGGACCUGUGCUUCAGUGGUGCCAGUAUGGCGACAAUCCUCGGUUGGAUCACCGGGAUCUCUUGGUGCUUCGGGCACUGCGAGAGAUGGCGCACAUGGCUAUGCCCCGAGACAUAUUCUUUUGGGCGCCGCCUCUGCCCUCCACCUUGGUGUAUACUGACGCCUCAAACCAGCUGCGACUCGGGUGGGUUGUCUUUGCACAGCCACCUCUCAAGCCGAUUGGAGGUACUUGCGCUGUGCCUCAAGCUGUGCUGGAGGAGUGGGUCCCUCGCAAGCAGCAGAUCUUCCCUGGUGAAGCAUUGUGCCUUCUCAUCCUCCCGAUGCUGCUCCCGGACGUCCUCAGAGGCCGUGAUCUCUUAUGGUUCAUCGACAACCAGGCUGCUGUAGCUGCUGCGGUUAAGGCUGCUAGCGCUGAAGAGGAUGUUUUUGAGAUUGCACAUAUGUCUGCACUCCUCAGGGCGAAAUUACAGUGCAGAUGUUGGUUCGAGUGGAUCGAUUCAGAUUCGAAUCCCAGUGAUGGCCUCUCACGAGACGGCCUCCUCGACACUUGGUCGCGUGCCCAGACAUGGUUCCUAGAGUCUCACGAUUUUCCAGCGGCGGCAUACCGCUCUCAGAUCCGUGCCGACCUGCUGAAAGGCUGA